UCUAUUGGGUUUCUCUACUUAAUUCGGUUAUUCAUAAAUUUUCAUGAUCUCCCCCUCUUUUACAUAUAUAUAUAUAUAUAUAUAUCUGGCACUUCUCUGGUUUCUUCUCACAGCACACUGCUAGUUCGAUAAGAUGGCUGCUAACGAGGGAGUGAUGUCAGAUUGGUUAAGCAGUUUACCCGACGAGGUUCUUCAUCGGAUCCUGUCUAUGCUUCCUCUGAAAGAUGCCGUAAGGACGAGCGUGCUAUCGAAGAGGUGGGAGCGCCUUUGGGAGUCCGUCACUACCAUGUCGGUAAACGAGACGAGGUUCUCCCAUAGGUUGCAAUUCAUGGACUUUGUGGAUAGAGCUCUGCUUCUCCGGGACUCGUCGCCCUUGGAGAAGUUCUCCAUGCUCUGCUCCGUAGGACAUGAUGUUGCUCGUAUCAAUCAAUGGAUCGACCUCGUGGCAGAUUGCGGCGUCCAAGAGCUCUCCCUGCUCUUCACGAAAGUCCAACGACAGCAUGUACUGCCGCGGGGCUUAUUUGAGAGCGAAAAGCUGGUGAAGCUUCUCCUGCAAACAAAGUGCAUUCUGCGGGCUCCGCCUUCCGUCAAUCUUCCGUGUCUCAAGGACAUGACCCUGAGCUUUCUCAUAUUCGAGGACGAGGAGUCGACUCGGAAAUUGUUCUCUCUUCCGACACUGGAGAAGCUCUGUCUCUACCGAUGCAACUGGACUCACCUCCAGGCUGUGAGCAUUUCGGCUCCAAAGCUGCAAAAACUGUCCAUACAUGAGGGGGAGUAUCACGAACGUUACGACCGUCGCGGCAGGGUUGUGAUUGAUGCGCCUUGUCUCAAGUCAUUCUCUUACCGGGGCAAAUUCAUUGACAAAUAUGUCAUGUCGGACUCACCCGGGCUUGUUGAGGCCGAUGUUCGUUUCUUGGACUUUUGGCCAGAUGAACGAAACGGAAAUAUGUGCCUGCUCUUCAGGGGCCUGCGUGCAGUGAAGAGCCUAACUCUAGACGCUCCAUUCCUCUCGGAUCCGGCUCAUGAAGAUUAUUUCCACAGGACAUUUCCGGUUCUCGGCAAUGCAACCGCAUUGAACUUGGGGGAUAAGAUAGACAUCAAGCUACUCCCGGUGCUACUAAGCAAAUUCCCGCACCUCCAGAUAUUCGACAUUGCUGCAGAACUCAAUGUGCUUGAAGAUCGGGAAGUAUCUCGUGUAGUGAACCGUAUGAGGUCCUACCAAAUGCCGCAUCUGAAGAAGAUUUUUGUUCGCCAUUUUAAGCCGACCAAGUCAGAUCUUCGUAUCGCGAUACUGCUACUCGGGGUCAGCGAUGUUCUGGAGGAAAUAGUUUUACAUUAUGCGGAGCCACAUCGCAAUGAACUGUCGGUGAGGGCGAAUGACCUUCUCCUACACUUGAUGGAGCUCCCUAGGGACCCUAAGCAUUGCAAAGUCCAUUUAAUCCUCUAGCCAACUAGCUCGAUCCAUCUGCGGUGCGCCAUAGUGUUAGUCGAAUGUGGGAAUGAUAUAUUUGAUUAGUUCUUGCUGCUGAUAAUUAAGGAUUUGACCGUUUUGGUUUGUUCUGGUAAUUAAAGUGCGUUUGGAUUUAAAGUUGAGUUGA